ACACUACAGCAACCACCACAGUAUUUCUGUUGCACCGUCGGUUCGAUCGAUUGAACAAACGAACGAGCGAACGAACGAACCAACCCCCGAGGCCACGAAAGCGACGAGGCUCCAACGCAACACAACAAAACACAACAAAACACAACAAAACAAAACACAACAAAACACAACAAACCAAAACAAACCAAAACAAAACAAACCACAACGCAACGCAACGCAACGCAACACAACGCAACGCAACGCAACGCAACACAACACAUCGCAACAAAACCAACCAGAAACCACCACCACCACCACCGACCCAGCAAACGCAGCAUUGUUGCAAGCAUGGCAUCCGUCAUUGGUGUAGCCAUCGUCGGCAAGAACAACUCCCCCCUCUACGUUCGGGAAUUCCCCUGCGAGGAACCAACGGGCGGGAAGCCUUGCGGCGGCGAGGCCUCGGACCUCUUCGGGCUGGAAGCCACCGCGCCGGAGCCAACCGUUGCUGUCCACACCGGCGGUGGUAACAGUGGUGCCUCCGGCAGGGUCUGGUUCGCCCUCCACGCGGCCCUCGACCGGCUGGAGCAGGUGGCUUUCGAGCCCGAGACGGGCAAGAAAAAACCCGUCCGGGACACGCUUCAGGCCAGGGGCACCGGAAGCCCGGCAACGGCGGCAAACAACAACAGCAACAGCAACAGCAACAGCAACAGCAACAGCAAUGGGACCGAGAGCGACAGCGACUUUCUGGGCCUGCUGCUGCCGUGGGGGGAAUCCCUGGUCUACGGCUAUUCCACCAGCACGAACAUCCGCUUGCUCCUGGUGGUCGAGGACGGCGGGGGCGGCGCCACCGCUCCCGAGAUUGCCCGUGCUUCGGGGAGGCUCCUGGCCGACCUCUACGGGCUGUACCAGAGGGAGGUGAUGAACCCCUUUUGCGGUUUGUCUUUUUCCGGCCACCCUUCGUGUGCGGACCACCCAUCCUUCCUUCCCUCGGGGCACCUGGAAAAGGCCAUCGGGGCGAGGGUGGCCAGCUUCAACCAGAGGCAGCUGGGGACGGCGGGAGGGAUCCGGUAACCAAGGCGGGCAACAGAGCAACAGCAACAGCAACAGCAACAGAGCAGCCGCGGGAGGCAGAAACGACAAACCGCAAUCGAAUGGAAUCGAAGCAUAACGAUUGAAUUAUGCUCGGCUCGAGAUAAAACGAAUGGAAACGAAACGAAACAAAACAAAACUAGGAAAAAUAAAUCACGAACGACGCGUAGUCAAUACCUAUUUGUUGUGUCUUAUUUUCAGCCCAAGAAUUAUAACAGUGUCAUGGAAUUAGAUUGUACUGUAAUGAGUAGCUGCGACUAGCCGAUCUCUCCGGAAGUGAUUCGAGGUGAAUUGCACACAAUACCUGCAUCGCUCUGUUUGUGUAGAAUCGGAUUCGGUACCCGACUCACUUCAUCAGCGUUCUCUUUUCUACCGACGUUUCAACCGAAACAAAGAGAACAAGUCCGUUCCAAUCGCGCAAUGCCAAUGCCGUCCGGGAAUUCUUCUUUUGCGAAUACAGCGAACGAUUUGGUUUGGUUCUUUGGUAUGGUUUGGUUUGGUUUGGUUUGGUUCGAUUCAAUUCCAUUCAAUUUUCGUUUUCGAUAUCUUUCCCGACUCUACACACCGCACCACGGUGGUGCCGUCGCUCCGUUCGGUCCCUCGAGGAAUCGGAAAUC